CGAUCAGCGUCGGUGCUCGUCACCAAGUCGGCGUGGUUGUGGUAUCGAGCCGAUUGGUCCUCCUGGGCAGGCUCUUCUCUUCCACAGCAGAUUGGACAUGCCGCCUCGUCCUCACUGACACAUUUCUGCCAUGGCCGAACGAUCGAUCUGCCAAUGCUCGCCACUUAACCACACAGCAUGAUCCUCACAUAUCCCCUGACCACGGUGUCGAUGCGAGCCGCCGUCAAGAAGGAAGGCACCAAGUCUGGCGUCUCUGGCCAGCUCGAGGCCGCCAUCCGCAUCAUCAAGGAAGAAGGCAUCCAAGGACUCUACCCUGGCGUGCAGUCGGCGAUCUUUGGCAUUGCCUUCACCCAGUAUAUCUACUACUACUGGUACGAGUUUGUCAAGGCCACGCUCGAGAAAGCCGCUGGCGAGGGCCGCGGCCUCACCGUCACCGAGAAUCUGAUGGGCAGCGCAGUUGCAGGCGCUGUCACUGCGGUGCUCACCAACCCGAUCUGGGUGGUCAAUACCCGCCAGGUCGUCAAGAAGGACGGUGCAAAGACCAGUGAGACCAGUACCUUUGCUCAAACCGUGAUGACCAUCAUGAAGAGCGACGGCAUCCUGGGCUUCUGGAAGGGCAUCUGGCCGGCCCUUAUCCUGGUCAUCAACCCGGUGAUCCAGUACACCGUGUUCGAGCGGCUCAAGGAGCGGCUGCAGCGGGUCCGAUCGAACCUGACGGCCUUUGACUUUUUCAUUCUCGGAGCCAUCAGCAAGCUUGCUGCAACCGGCAUCACCUACCCUUACAUCGUCGUCAAGUCGCGCAUGCAGGUUGCCGGCGGUGCCGACGACUCGACCCGCUAUAAGAGCGUCCUGGACGGAUUCAAGCGCAUCAUCAAGGAGGAGGGCAUCAAGGGCCUGUACAAAGGCAUUGAGAGCAAGAUUGUCCAGUCGGUGCUCACCAGCGCCUUCCUGUUUGCAUUCAAGGAAGAGUUGGUUGGCAGCGCCAUCGGCCUGCUGGUGCUGCUGCGUCUGCGAGACCCUGUUUCUGCCGUCAAGGGCGCCGCCUCGGCUUGAGUGCGCAUGCCCUCGACCGAUGGAGAGUGGACAGUUGUGGAGUGAGUAGGGAGGUCGUUGCAGCGAAGACAUUUGCAAUAUGAAACAGGGGACUGAGCGAAUGCACGGGGUAUGGACAGACGGGGGUCCGAUGGGCAUUCGAUGGAGAUUCGAUGGAGACGGAGCUGCAGCCGGGGUCUGGACUGGAUCACGCAUGGCCAACAUGGGAUUCGUGGUGGCGAGCGCGUCCAAACCAGGAUGCGUCGCAGCACAGAAUACAGUUUCCACAGUCUCUGUGUGUGGAACACGAGCCGCCAGG